GUGGAGGGAGGGAGGCCGGAGACCUGCGAGUUUGUCCUCGUCAGUCCGGAGUCCAGGAGUCUCUGUGAACUGUCUCCGGAGGAUUUUAAUUUCCUGCGUAAAGGCGCGCAGUGCGUCCUGCGCGCGCUGAUGGCACAGAGUGCGCGCGGGUCUGUGUAACCUCGUGCUUGGACACUUAUCGGUGUCGCUGAUUCACGCUGGACACUUGUGGCUCUCCUGGACACUGUCCGAACCUGGAGACCGAACUGUCUCUUCCAUGUAAACACGCGCCGUGGACCGCGGAGGGACUUUAACCGUCGCGGGUUUGUUCCUGUGGACUUUACGCGUCUCUGUCUCUGUCCCUCUCGCUGUGGACCGGGAGGAAGAGGAGGCGACGUUAGGCUGCAUGCUCCCGGGUCUCGUCUCAUGAUGGGACACGGCAGCUGUCAUCUGCAGCGAGGAUGAGCCACAGAAGCAGCCCGGCCAGGGCGUACGACUUCCUGCUCAAGUUCCUGCUGGUGGGGGACAGCGACGUCGGGAAGGGCGAGAUCCUGGCGAGCCUGCAGGACGGAGCCACCGAGUCCCCGUACGGAUACAACAUGGGAAUCGACUACAAGACGACCACCAUCCUCCUGGACGGGAGAAGAGUCAAGCUGCAGCUGUGGGACACGUCUGGUCAGGGACGAUUCUGCACCAUAUUCAGGUCCUACUCCAGAGGAGCACAGGGAGUUAUUCUGGUGUACGACAUCGCCAACCGCUGGUCCUUUGAUGGAAUCGACAGGUGGAUCAAAGAGAUAGAUGAGCAUGCCCCAGGGGUGCCUAAGAUCCUGGUGGGAAACCGUCUCCACCUGGCCUACAAGCGUCAGGUGACCACGGAGCAGGCGCAGGUGUAUGCGGAGAAGCUGGGUGUCACCUUCUUUGAGGUCAGUCCGCUGUGUAACUUCAACAUCACCGAGUCGUUCACCGAGCUCGCCCGAAUCGUCCUGAUGAGACACGGCAUGGAGCGUCUGUGGAGGCCCAACAAAGUCUUGAGUCUUCAGGACCUCUGCUGCCGCUCCAUUGUCUCCUGCACCCCCGUCCACCUGGUCGAUAAACUCCCCCUCCCUCUGGCUCUCAAGUCCCACCUGAAGUCCUUCUCCAUGGCCAAUGGGCUCAACGCCCGUAUGAUGCAUGGACGCUCCUACUCCGUCACUGCCAAUGCCGACCACCACGGCGCCACCAAGAGGACGGGGGGGACGCUGCUGAAAAAACCCAAACUGAUCCGACCGCCUCCCCUCAGCCCGUCUGCACAAAGCUGCAGAAACAGCUGCAAAAUAUCCUAACAGCUGGACACAUGGACCAGAUGUUGUGUCAGUAAACGCACCACAGCCUGUUUUCAACGUGUAUGACACCGGAAACCCAUCUGGUCUUUAAGGCUGAGGAGACGGUGUCCAGGUUUGACCUCCUGCUGCUCGUCACUGUAGUGAGUGAACAGCAGAAAAAGAGGAAGUGGAACCAAAAUAAAAGCUGUCAGCAGUUUGACUUCAGUCACAGGAACAGCGAGCUGAGGUCCUGCCGCUUUUCACAUUCGCCUCUGUUCAUCAGUCACAGGCGGGCUUAAAACGCUGUCUUCACGGGUCCAAAAUGCUGGAUCCGGUCUGAAAACACGUCCUGAUCCGAAACAGAGCUGAGGCUCGUCAGAAGCAGUCUGCAAAGACCAAACCACAGACUGACUGGACCUGACCGGACCUGACUACAUCUGGACUGAGCCUGACUUGGGUCCUGGGUCUGGUCCCACAGAAACCUGUCAAAUAUGUUAUUAGCAUUCAGCAGCUGCUGAAGCCUAAAACACGUAGAAGCUGUAGUUUGGGAACAGUCCUGAUUCACGGUGAAGACCGUGGCAGCUGGAGUGGUUCAGAUGUUGAGAAAUUCAUGUUUUGUCUUUGUUAAAUUUAAAAAUUAAGGUUUUUGGAUGAAAUCAGCUUUUCCACAAAGAUAAAUAACAGAAACACUCCAUGGGAAAUUUCUUCCACAGAUGAGCAGGAAGUGGAAAAAAAUCCAGCUGAGCUUUGUUUAAAAAAACUUUUUUUGAUGUUCGCUGAGUUUCUGGCUCAGUUUGUUUGUUUGAUAUGUUUUAUGUUCUCACGUGGACACAGAGAGGACAGUGUCUUUAACUAAAGGGUCUUUGUCUUUCUACAGCCUCAACAUAUUAAAGCCACUGUCAGGAAAAAAAUAUUUAAUGUUACGACAAAAAAAAUCCUAAUGUUAUUCUAUGAUGAAACAUUAAGUCAGUUAUACUGUCAGACUGAAAUUUUAUUUCAGUUUGUCUCAUUCAAACUUUUUUAUUUAUAAAAUAACUUUAUUCAUGAAGGAGGUUUAUAGUAAAGCGUUUGUCUCACAGAGCAGUGACUAACUUUUUUACCAGUCACUUUUUUCUAAUAACUUCAGGAUUUUUUUUCUUACAAUAUUUAAAACAUAUUCUUGUUUUUUUUUUCUUGCCAGUGGCUUUAAUACUCAGAGACACGCAGAGCUGGACUUUUUAAGCGGCCUGUAGUGAUGAUGAGUUUUUACCUGCAGGACGUCACUGAGCCUCACAGACUCGUCUUUAUAACUGACCACAGGUGGAACUUUCCUUUAACGGUGAGUCAGCGUGUUCACAGUCACACAUCUUCCUCCUCAGGAUGUUUUCUACAAAACAGACUCAUGGACGAUACACACACACACACACACACAUUUGUACAAGCACUACGGGCACUGUAUUUUGCACAGUGAAAUCCGUGAAUACACUAAAUCUCUGUCUGAGAUGAUGGUGUGUGUGCAAUAUUUGUACGUGUUGUAAAUGUAACUUUGAUAUGAUGAUGAUGAUGAUGGAGAAGCUGCAGGGUUUGAACGUGUGUUAUAUUUUCCUUGAGUGACACCUGUACCAAAGACUCACCUGCCGCCCACAGAGGAGGAACAGAAAGGUGUUUGCACUGUUUAUCAAUGUUCAGUAAGAAGCACCUUUACAAUAAACUCAGCUCACCGUGA